GGAGCCGAGCCCCGGGCGGCCGACCGGCGGCCAUGGCUGAGGAUUACUGGGACCCGCAGCAGCAGCGCUGAGCCCCCUGCAGCGGCAGCCAGGCAGCCCCCCCCCUGGCCCCACCAUGGAUCGGAUGAAGAAGAUCAAGAGGCAGCUCUCAAUGACCCUGCGGGGGAGCCGGACAGCCGAGAAGAACCUCAAUGAGCAGAUCAACGUCGAGGAGAACAACAGCAGUGACACUGGCCUGGCGGGGAAGAGCGGGCGUCCCUGGGGCGCCUCGCGCAGCGUCUAUUCCUUCCUGCAGCGCCGGCCGCGCCUGGGCAUGACCCGCAGCCUGAGCGCCCACCUCGCCCGUGCCAGCCGACUAGAGAUGGUGCAGGAGGACGUGAAGAUGGGCUCCGAUGGGGAGAGCGACCAGGCGUCCGGCACCUCGUCCGAUGAGGUCCAGUCCCCCGUGCGCGUCCGCAUGCGCCACAGCUCGGCCCGCAAGAUCUCCUCCGAGGACAUCAACAAGCGGCUCUCGCUGCCAGCCGACAUCCGCCUGCCUGAGGGCUGCCUGGAGAAGCUGGCGCUGAACAGCCCCUUGUUCGAGCAGCCCCUCAGCCGGCGCCUGCGCCGCGUCUCGCUGUCUGAGAUCGGCUUCGGGAAGCUGGAAACCUACGUGAAGCUGGACAAACUGGGAGAGGGGACGUACGCCACCGUCUAUAAGGGCAAGAGCAAACUGACAGACAACCUGGUGGCACUGAAGGAAAUUCGCCUGGAGCACGAGGAGGGGGCGCCCUGCACGGCCAUCCGGGAAGUGUCCCUGCUGAAGGACCUGAAACACGCCAACAUCGUCACCCUGCAUGACAUCAUCCACACGGAGAAGUCGCUGACCCUGGUCUUCGAGUACCUGGACAAGGACCUGAAGCAAUAUCUGGACGACUGCGGCAACCUCAUCAACAUGCACAACGUCAAGCUCUUCCUCUUCCAGCUGCUGCGGGGCCUGGCGUACUGCCACCGCCAGAAGGUGCUGCACCGCGACCUCAAACCGCAGAACCUGCUUAUCAACGAGCGGGGCGAGCUCAAGCUGGCCGACUUCGGUCUAGCGCGGGCCAAGUCCAUCCCCACCAAGACGUACUCCAACGAAGUGGUGACGCUCUGGUACCGGCCCCCCGACAUCCUGCUGGGCUCCACCGAGUACUCCACGCAGAUCGACAUGUGGGGCGUGGGCUGCAUAUUCUACGAGAUGUCCACGGGCCGCCCACUCUUCCCUGGCUCCACUGUGGAGGAACAACUGCACUUCAUCUUCCGCAUCCUUGGGACCCCCAACGAGGAGACGUGGCCAGGGAUCCUGUCCAACGAGGAGUUCCGAUCCUACAGUUACCCCAAGUACCGGCCUGAGGCCCUGCUCAACCACGCGCCCAGGCUGGACAGUGAUGGAGCCGACCUGCUGGGGAAACUGCUGCAGUUCGAGGGGCGGAAGCGGAUGUCAGCGGCUGAGGCCAUGGGGCACCUCUUCUUCCACUGCCUGGGCGAGCGUGUCACCAAGCUCCCGGACACCACGUCCAUAUUUGCACUAAAAGAGAUUCAGUUACAGAAGGAGACGGGGCUGCGCUCAGCUUCCCUGCCCGACUCAGGGGGUGCCGCCUUCCGGGUAGUGGACACUGAAUUUUAGCCUUCGGGUCAGUGAAUGGGCAGAACGGACGGCCCAGCUUACUGUUGUGACCCCGCCGAGCCACAGUGACGGGAGGGGCGGGGGCUGGACUGACAUUAACCUGCCCCUCCCCCCCACAAGCCGGGACUCUGCCCCUUUGGUUGGACGCUGCCUUUGGGGCGGGACUCGGACCAUGCCCCACGGCCGGGGGGGCCUUGAUCCCCUUCUGGGGGAGGGGCGGCGCCGGCUGGACGGCAGAUGGCCCCCCCACCCAUGUUGUUUAAGUUUUAUUUUUUCAAGGCAAUAUUAUAAAUAUAGAGAAAUAAUCUAUAGCCCCCUCCCCCCCACUGGGAGGGAUGGGCAUUGGGGGACAGCCCCUCGGAGUUAUGUUUCCAUGGAGAUGUGUUUGAUUCUGCCCUGCUGUGGGGGAGGGGGCUGCAACCCCUCCUGUACCCCCCAGGUUGAGGAGGGGGAUUGAUCCAGGGGGUUAUAUUCUGUGGUCACUCGCCUCCUGCCCCAAAUCCUCCUCUCCUGCCCCCCACACCUGCUGAGCUGUGGGGACAGAAGUCUUCCAGAUGUGGGGGAAAUGGGGGCGGGGAGGGGCUGCUGUUGCAGAUGUGUUGGGGGGGGUACCCCAGCUGUGGUAGGUCCCUUUGCAGCAGUGUGUGUGCGGGGGGGUCCCUGACAGUCUGCAACCGCUCCACAUCCGAGCGAUGCGUCUCUAGGGAGUCCCUUUACAUGUCCCCUUUCUGCGGGGCUUAGCUCUGCCCCCACGACCUGCUGGGUCAGCAUGUGGGGUGAACGCUGGCUGACGCCAGUGAGUUCAGUGGGGCGGCUGCCAGCUCCCCUUCCCCACUUAGUACUCAGGGCUCACUUUCUCCCAGCCCUUACUCCUACAGUACUCGGCCCUAACUCUGCCCCCACUCCCCUGUUCCUCAGUCCUUAGUCUAGCCGUUUCUAUGUUACUCGGCCCGUACUCCUACAUUACUUAGCCCUUACUCUGGCCCUACUUCCAUGUUACUCAGCCCUUACUCAGCUGAUACUCCCAAGUUGCUCAGCCCUUACUCUGCCCCACUCAUGUUACUCUACCCCUAUUCUCAUGACACUCUCCUGCUACUACCUUGUAACUCUGCCCCACUCCCAUGUUACUCAGACCCUUACUCAGUCCCUACUCACAUGAUACUGUCUGUACUCCCAUAUUACUUAGCCCUUACCUGACUCCCUACUCAGUCCUUACACAAAUGUUACUCGGCCCCUACUCUGCUCUUACUUGGCCCGUACUCAAUCCAUAGUCAGAUCUUACACAGUCCCUUGGCCUCUUAUUUGGCUCCUACUCAAUUGUUACUCAGCUCUCACUCAGCCCCUCCUUGAUCUUACUCAGUCCCUCCUCAGCUGUUACACAACUGUUCGCCUGUAGUCAGCCCCUAGCAUGCUCCUGACUCAGCCCCUCCUCAGUCACUUCCCAGACUCUGCUCAGUCCUUACUCCCAUUCCUAGUCUUUACUUAGUCCUUACUCAGAUGUUACUCUGCAUCCUCUCACUACUAACUCAGCCCCUACUCGACUGUUACUCUCUACUCAGUGUUUGGUCCAUGCUCAGGUGUUACUUGGCCUACCUAACAUUAUUCUGUGGUUACUGAGGCCCUACUCAUCUGUUACUCAGCCCUUACCCAUCUGAGUUUACCUGUUACUCCUAUCCCUGCUCAACCCUGACAUAGUCUUUAUUCCAACAUUACUCCAUCCUUACUUGAGCUUUACUCCGUCCUGAGCUGGUCACUCACACAUUCCUUGUUCCUUACUCCAUAAAUCCAGAGGGUGGUUGAAGUAUCACGGCAUGAUCUGGAGUAACAGAAAUGAAACUCACUAGGCCACAGUGAGGGAACUAGGAAGAAUUUUGGCCAUGAGCUGGGAGCUCCCAGAGAGACCUGGGCGCGUGGGACGCUCGCAGGGUGACGCUGACCCCACAGCUGUGCAAAUGGCAGGUGCUGGCAAGGGAUUUCCACCGGAGCCAGAGCCUGGGCCCAGCGCUGGCCACCCGUGUUGCGGGAAGAAGAGCUCAGGCUGGGCCUGGCGCAGUGAGGGCGGCUGGGACGGCCGGGAGCAGGUUAGCUGACAGCUCAGGCUGAGGUGGGCCCCGCUGUACUCGCCAUAAAUAUGUGGGGAGGACGAGGAGGGGCUGGAGCAGCAGUGAGGGUCAAACGCCCUGGCUAGCAGGACGCUCUUGCUGACUCAGCUCAGGAUGGCCUGAGCUCCUGAGGUAGCGACACCAGCUGGAAUUGGAGCCGCUGGCCCAGACGGCCCAUCCAGGCCUGGGCGUGUACUCAUAUUCGGGCUUUCCAACCUCUAAUUAGUCUGGUUUUAGUUUUUAGUCUUUAGUCUUCAGUUAAAUGUGACACAGGUGGAACAUGUUACUCAGCCAUUGCGCUGUAUUUACUCCAUCCCUACUCUUGUUACCCUGCCUGUACUCAGCUGUGAGUCCCUACUCAGCCCCUACUUAGUCUUAGCCUAGCUGUUACUCUGUCCUUACUCAAAUGCUACUCUGCCCCUACUCAGUCUUAUCUUAAAUGUUACUCACCCCUACUGCAAAUGUUACUUGGUCCUUACCCAGACAGGACUCCAUCCUUACAGUCUCAACUUAGUUGUUGUUCAGUCCUUACUCAAAGAGUAAUCUGACCCUACUAAAAUGUUAAUACCUCCUUACUCAAACACUACUUGGUCCGUACUGAAACACUGCUCCAUUAGUUCUCAAAUGUUACUCAGUCCCUACUUAGUCUUCCCCUUAGAUAGUACUUAUUUUUACUCAAACGUUAUUGUAUCCUUACUCACUCUGGAAUCAAAUGUUUCUCAGUCCAUACCUAGCCCUGACUUUGGCUUAGUUGAUUUGUUACUCCUUCCUUACUCAAAUGGUACUUGGUCCCUUUCCAGCACCUACUCAGUCUUCCCUUAGUGGGUUCUCAGUCCUUAAUCAAACACUACUCACCCAUUACUCUGUCCUUACUUGUUACUCAGGCAAAUCCCUCCUUGUCUCUGCUGCAGUCCAACACUGCUCAGGAUUGGACCCUGUGUCCCCUUCCAGCUGGAUCCUGCAGCCCCCCCCCCCCGCACUCCCUGAUGGACCCCCGCCAGGCUGUCCCACCCAGAGGGCUCUGUGUGCUCCUCGCUCCCCCCGAGUGGCUAGGAAGGAUCAACUGCAGUUGAAGGGGCCAAGUCCUUAACUCAGGGGUAAAGGCUGGGAAUUUGAACCCAGCUGUGGGAGUGUCAGUUUGAAGGCAGUCUCUGUAUCCCCCAGGCAGUGUGCCCCCCACCUGUCUCUAUUGUGUGUAUGCGCGUGUAUAUAUGUACAUAUCUAGCCUUUUUUAUAUGCAGCAUGUAGUGCUUGUGGGAUGGAAAGACUUUCCCUGCAAGAGCCAUACCCAUAGUAAUAAAAAUGACGAUGCCCCCCCAGCUGAGCUGCAGCCACCUCUGGAGUGGGGCAGCGGGGAAUGGCCACAUGUAACGUUGCACGAGAAGGGCUUGGCCAGCACUGAGAUGUAGCCAGCUCUCCACGUGGAUCAGAAUGGCCCUGUUCCUCACCUCUGCCCCCCUGCUCUGACCCAUAAGGCUAAAGAUGUUGUCCCUGGUGGGGGCGGUGUUAACCCUUUCUCUGCUGGGCACCUGGAAGGGCUGGGGCUUGGGAAGUGUAGCCAGGAGGUGGUGGGGGCAGUGCCAGGGGGUUGGGUUUGGUCUGGGAUCCAUUCCUGGAAGGUGGUGGGUUCUGCUGUGUGGAACUGGAUCUCUGUGCACAGAGGAGGGAGGGAUCUCAGCCGUGAAUCCUGCAUGAAGGGGGAAUCCCACAUCACAUCCCUGCAUGAGUAGGAGGGCUGGAGCCUAGCUGGAGAGGAGGGGGGUUAAGACCAGAUCCCUGCUGGGAGGAGGGAGGGAUCUCAGAGUGGAUCCCUACAUGCAGAGGAAGGGGAUCCCAUAAUAGAUCCAUACAGGUGCAGGAGGGAGGGAUCUUGGAGAGGAGGGGAUUCCUGAGGAUCCCUGGGCAUUGAAGAGGAGGAUGCCAUAGUAGAUCCCUGCAUGGAAAGGGGGACCCUGCACUAGAUUUCCAUGCCUUGGGGGCCCUGUACUGGCCCAUAGUAGAUUCAAUAGGUACACAGCCCCGUCCCCUGCCAGCCAUGUCCUCCCCAGGUCUGUAGAUGGGGGUGGGGGGUGGGGUCUGUGAUAGGGGGCUUUGGCUCAGCAGGCAAAGGGUUAACCUGCCUAUGCAUAUCAAUAUUUGCGAGGGGCUCCCUCGUUUUCUGUCUGGGGUGAGAGACUGUGCUGCGUUCAAUGUAUGGAAAUUAUUAAAGUCUCCAUGGAACCCAGG